AUGCUGUCCUCAAAACGAUCAGCGUUAAUCACUUUAAUUGGACUCACAGCAAUACUGCUUGACAAAGCAACACCUUUAUCACUGAGCAAUUUCACUUUUGAGGAGAAAUGUAAGGCGAUUCAUGCGCAAGGAUACGGUAUUAAUUUGGUAUGUUGCAAUAAGCAAAACAGUGUGGACUCGAAUUGUCAAUAUCAAACACUUUGUAAAACGAAACACUGUCAUUGCUAUUUGACCGUACUUGAUAAACUGGAAUGUGCCACAAAGCCAACCAAGCAAUUGUAUGUAUGGCAAGAUCACAGUAAACCGGCCGAGCAUCCUUUCCAGUGCGAUAGUCCGAAUUUUCCGAAUCGAAAUGCUGAAUACAACGUGAAGAUCUAUCAUUGGGAGAAAUGGUAA